UAGGUAAAUAAAGAUGUCACGACUCGAUAAUAUGGAUGCUCUAGAAAAGCAACUGGCUGACUUGCAAAUGUCGAAAGAACUCGUAUCGCAAGGAAAAAUAAAGAAGAUACCACCGGCCGUACCGCCAAAGAAGAAGGCUCAACCGCAAGUUCCUCACAGUGCCGUCGUGAGCGCCAUACGGGAGCCAUCGUAUUCUUCUAAGAUAUCGUCUCCGUUGAGUUGCCUGCCCGCCGAUGCGCCGCCACCUCCGCCCCCGCCACCCUCCUACAUGAACGUGCCAAGACAUCCUCCAAAUUCUCACGCCAUGAACAAAGACUACGCCAAUGUAAACCAGCUGUCUCUUUCUGCUCAUCCUUUGCACCAACCUAAGCCGGGGCACGUCAAAGCCUACCCCAUGUACUGUAACAUACCACAUAAGAGUUACAGUGCCCCUCCACCGCCUCCGCCUCCCCCGCAGCAUCUGAUGUCUAGCAAAAUGUAUGACUCCAACCACAACGACGAAUAUAUGCCGCCUCCUUCUCCCGUAAGCUCCAACUACAGUGAACUAGCACGAGCCACAGCAAACAUAGGAUACAACCACGACAGGCCCAACUUCCCACACAUAUAUCAAAAUGAUUACCCUGAGUAUGGUGUGUCUCAGGCCUCAACUUAUGAGUCGCUCUAUGAACCUAUCAAUCCUCAUCCACAGACAGGAUUACUCAACAAUAGCCAGGUCUACGGGAGCAAAGGAAGUAUAAAUGUAUCUGGGAAGUCACCCUUGCCCAAAGAACAGGAGGUGGACGCCCUCACUGACCUUUUAGUCCAGUCAAUUUCUGACAGCCAGGACCUGGACGUCUUCGGAACAUGCAUCAAAUGUGGCCAGAGAGUGGUCGGAGAGACUUCAGGCUGUACUGCAAUGGGUAACAUGUAUCAUGUCAAGUGCUUCUCUUGUCACAGAUGUAACACCACCUUGCAAGGCAAGCCAUUCUAUGCUGUGGACGGCCAGCCCUACUGUGAGCUAGAUUACUAUGAAACAUUGGAGAAAUGCUCCGUGUGUGGUAAUCCAAUUCUUGACAAGAUUUUACGAGCAACUGGAAAGCCAUACCACCCUGGGUGUUUCACUUGUGUGGCUUGUGGCAAGAGUCUGGAUGGAAUCCCCUUCACUGUCGAUGCUAUGAAUCAAAUUCACUGCAUUGAUGAUUUUCAUAAGAAGUUUGCUCCCCGUUGCUUUGCCUGCGAGCUGCCUAUAAUGCCAGAAGAGGGAGAGGAAGAAACUGUGAGGGUUGUGGCGUUAGACCGCAGUUUCCAUGUUCGCUGCUAUCGUUGUGAAGAUUGUGGGCUACAGCUGUCUUCUGAGGCUCUAGGCAGAGGAUGCUACCCUCUGGAUGGCCACAUCCUUUGCAAGGCUUGUAACGCCCACCGCAUCCGUCUUAUCACUAAUGUAAUGACUACUGAUCUGUAGUCUAACUGCCUUGGUAUAUUAUGGUUAUGCAAGUAGUAUGAUUUUAAGCCAACACCUGUGAAAUUAUGUGAAACAGGUUGUCACAUUACAAUGUACUAUCUUGCCAAUAAAAUUGAAUGUUGUUGCGUUACUUAUACAAAAUAAAGAAUUACUUAUGUUUCAUUGAACCAGGAUACAGGAUAGGUUUAAAACAAAUGUAACUUAUUAUUUAGGAAGUAGGUUAUUUAUACUGUAUGCUUAAACUAUAAUAAUAUGUGCCACAGAUUAAAAUACUAGUCUAAGAUGUAUUUUAAGAGAAAAUAUAAUUUUGAGAAUAUUGAAUAUUU